AUUAUACGUUACAUAAAAUCAAAGGGAACCCAAAUCUCCAAAGAAAACAAUCACACUCGGCUCCUUUGCUUUCCAUUCCAGCUCCCAUCUCCGCCGCACCGGAAAGCGAACCAUGUCGGAGUCACCGUCUCAGCCACCGCCUCCUCCUCCAGCUCCCGAAGCGCCAUCGUACUGGUGUUACCACUGCGAGAAGCGCGUCUCCGUCGAGACACUCCCUGACCUACCUGACGUCAUCUGCGGUGACUGCAAGAACGGCUUCGUCGAGUCCAUCCCCACUCCCUCUCUCCCUUCCUCCACUGCCGCCGCCUCCUCCUCCGACGACCCCUACUUCGGCUCUCACUUCCUCCACGUCCUCCGCCUAAUCGCCCAGUCAGCGCGUGACGACGACGCUUCUCCUCCUCCUCCGCCUAGUCGCUCGCCGGAAAACGAUUUCCUCCGGAUCGAGCUUGGAGGCUGGGACAACGACGACGACGACGAGGAUGACGAUGACGACGAGGAAAACGGCAUCGAGUUCCACCACGGAGGCGAAGACCGCGAAAACGCAGUCGAGGAGCGAGGAGAUCGAGUCGGAAAUGAGGAACCACACGGCGACGACGAAGAUCUGCGGCGGAGGAGGCGCGAGCUGCUUCGUCUCCGAAUUAGGGAUUUGGCGACGCGAACGAGGAGUAUGCGGAACCGGAUCUUGGAUUGGGCCGACAUCCUGAUGGGCCUUGAGGACAACUCCAUCGAGUUCCGCCUCCAGCUGCCGGAUUCCGAUCGCUACGUCGGAAACCCUGAGGACUACGUCGACGCGGCGGAGUAUGAGGCCUUGCUGCAGACGCUGGCGGAGAGCGACGGGGGAGGGAGGAGGGGAGCUCCGCCGGCGGCGAAGUCUGCCGUGGAGGCGCUGCCGACAGUGAAGAUCUCGUCGGAGAGCGAGGUGGUGGCGUGCGCCGUAUGCAAGGACAUGGUGGGCGUCGGUGACGUGGCAAAGAGAUUGCCGUGCGGGCACGAGUACCAUGGAGACUGCAUUGUCCCGUGGUUAGGUUCUCGAAAUUCGUGCCCUGUUUGCAGGUUUGAGCUGCCAACUGAUGAUAGAGAUUAUGAAGCGGACAAGAGGAAGAACAAGAGAGUCUUCAAUUCUGCUAACGGUGCUUCUGGUUCAGGUGGCGGUGGCGGUGGAGGUGGUACCUUCUCUGGUUGAUGCCAAUUGGACACGGUUAGACAUAGAAGACACGUGUGUCGGACGAAGUAUCGAUGAAUGUCGUGUCCGACACGCAGAUGAAGCAAAUCGGGAAAGUGUCCGUGCUUCAUAGUUUGUAACCAAUCAUACUCUUAAGUUUCUAUCACCGCGACCUCGAUUAUGUAUAAACUCAAUGAGACGAUAGUUAUCUCUAGAUAAAAUAGAGAACUAUUCAAUGA